AUGGAAACUGAAGUCCCGGGAGAUCACGAACACACAAGAGAAAGGAACAGUGACCAGAGGGGGGCCUGGCAGGGAGAAAAGGCUCGACUGUUUAGCGAAGUUCUGAAAGAUGAUGCAUGGUACGUAGCGGACUCGGACUCGGAAGACGUGUUCCAACGUGAACGGGAGGAGGAUGAGGAGGUGGAUGAAGGAACAGACGAUCCCCGCUGUCCCACUGUGUUGUUUACGGCUGCGCAAAAGAAUAAGUGGCGAAGAGAAUGGCGAUCGGCGCUGGUCGUACAGGGUUUGGGGAAGAAGGUCUCGUAUCUACCAUUGGCGAGACGGCUAAAUUAUCUUUGGGCCCGCCAUGGGGAUAUUCAAAUCUCGGAUAUGAAGAAUGGAUGUUUUUUGGUGCGGUUUCGAAAUAAACUCGACUAUGAGGGGGCUGCUGAAGGAGGACCUUGGCUACUAGGUGACACGUAUCUCACUGUACAUCGGUGGUACAAAGGUUUCAACCCCUGGAAGGCGACUGUGCAGUCCACUGCGGUGUGGGUUCAGCUCCCGGACCUCCCUAUUGAGUUCUUCAAUGCUGAGGCGGUUACUAUGAUAGCGGAGCUGAUUGGAAAACCAAUCAGGGUUGACCGAGCCACGGAGCUGGGUGCGCGUGGGAAUUAUGCAAGAGUAAGCGUUGAAGUUGAUCUAACGAAACCCCUUUUGGCGAAAUAUAAAGUGGAAGGGGUGGAGUAUCUCAUCCAGUAUGAAGGUUUAGAGAAUAUUUGUGGAGAAUGUGGAUUGUUUGGCCAAACAAUGACCCGUUGCUCGUGCUCAAAUAUGGGAGAAGAAACAGGCAAAUCCGGGGAGGAGAUGCCUCCCACUCAAUCAGAGCCCGCAGCAUCUCAGGCGGUGGGUCGAGUCUAUGGAGAAUGGAUGUCAGUUAAGCGCAAGUCGAGCUGGAACACUAAGAGAGGUGUAAGUGCGAGGAGGGAUAUUCAGGUUAGCCAUGGGGGCAACAAAGCUAAUAGCUUUGCGGCGCUAGCAGGGGAUGUUGAGGAGGAGAUACAAGACGAAGGAAGAGGUAAAAAUUCCUCGGAGAAGGAGUCACAGGCUAGCAAAAUAGAGAAAGCAAGGGAGAAUAUGACUGGAAGGAGUAGCAGUCCGCGAACUACCCAGGUUGGUGUUAAAACAGGAGGGAAUAAGAGCCAGAGUCUGAAACCAAUGCAGAACGUGCCUAAAGCAAAGGAGAAAGCUGGAGGGAAGGUUAGCUUGGUUGGACAGGGGGUGAAAAGGGGAGUGAACGAUGAGGCUAAUCGCCAUGCAAGCCAUGCAAAAGGGGUAAGCCAGAGUAGUGGAAGUAGAGGUGCGGGGAUAAGAAGUGCUAAUGAUGGAACUGAAGCAACGUCGACAAGUAAAGGUCAAGUGCUGAACGAGGGUGCGGGGAACCUAUCCCCUUCAGGUGAUCAAUGA